GCGCUUCCCACCCAUGUUAAACGCAACCGAAAACUGUGAGAGCAUGAGAAAACAUCACAACUAAAUCGAAAUUGAACAAUAAACAUAUUCGCUUAAAAUAAUACGUUAAAUAAUAGUUCACGCAGUUUUUUUGUUUAUGUUUUUAUUUACUUUUUUUUUCCAACGAGGAAUUUGAAAUUGAGCUCUGUUGAUUUCACUUAUAAAUAGUGUGUGUUUUAAAAAAAUUGUGUAUAAAAACAGUGUUGUACAUGAUUAUUGUUGAUCCGAUAAUAUGACAAGUUAACAAUGGACGAAGUGGAUUCUUCACUAGCACAAAUCGAUCCUCCUCCCGCAGAAGAAAACAAAGUUUCUUCUAACGAAACCAACAUUUUCAACGAUAGCGGAGGCGAAAUCGAAGCAGACAGCACAAUUCACGCUUUCAACAUUUCAAAUAUCACAGUAAUAGAAAAUCCUAAAACAAAAAAAUCCUCGCAAUGCGAAGGCAGCGAUAGCGGAGUCGAAGUAAUCGAAAAUGUGGAUAAUACAGAAAACGGCGCUUACAGACGCAAUUUAAGUACCGUAUCUCAAGAUGCACGAUCUUGUGAUUCUUCAAUAAUUAGUUGUUAUUCUAACUACGACGAAGCGUACAAUUUACUCGUAAGAAAAAAUUCAACUUUACUCGAAGAUUAUCGUCGACACGACGACGUUACCAGCGAAAACGGAAGCGAAAGUUCAUCGCUCAGUGGAUCAAACAUUAGAACAAAUAGAAGAACUUCGAUAAAUAAUAGUAAAAAGAAAAAUACCGCGACCGAUACAAGAACCAAAUCGUCUACAAGAAAUAAUAGAUCUAGUUGUAAACCUCCCGUUACACCUAGGACUUCAACAGGACCAGCGCGAAUCAAAUCUAUCGAUAGAUUACAAGCCAAAUCCUCUCCAAGCACAAAAUCUAAUCAGAGGACCAAAAAUACUCCUAAUAAUUUAGAUAUUAAUAAACGAUUGUCUCCAGCUACGGUACGUAGUCCUUCCGGAAGCAGAACACCGACAACUACAGUUGCCGAUGAUGGACGGUGGCCGUCUAUCAACAGUAAACCAGCGCCUCUUAUGUCAAGAUCAUUAAAAGGAACCAUAGAUUGCACAAAACAUAAAAUGACCCCUUUAGAUACAAAAACUAUAGAAAAAUACGCAACACUUCCUAGACAGAAAAAAGGUAACGACAAUAAUAAAGAAACUAAAAAACCUGCUAGUAGAGAGAACACUCUUCAUCGUUUAGCAGUUACUAAACAGAGAGAUAGUACAGCGAAAUUAAUAAACAGUUCAGCGUACAUCCCGAAAUGUAAAAUCAAAACUAGAAUAUACCAUGAAAAUAGCGUUCAAACGGCUCUAACUAAUACAGAUAUUGAAAACGCUUUGGCGGGAAUAACGAUUAAACUUAAAGAUCCUCAAGACACUGAAACGAGCGAUAAGGAUGUUCAAGUCGAUCUAAUGUUGGCGGAUAUGGAAACGUUACAUGACAGAUUAGGAAAGUUGACUGAAAAAUACGAAACAUUACAAAAAGACUACAAAUUGCAGACUGAAAAACUCAAAGAGACUGAAGAUAAAUUAAGAGAAGAAAGUAUAGAAAAGCAGGGUUUGAAAGAAGAACUGCUUAAUAAUUCUCAGCGGGUGAUGGCCAUAUUAGGGGGAGAAACGGAAGAAUUAAAUACUGGUCCCAAUGAUAGUCUUCUAGUCCUUGAAACCAAAUUUCAAAAUGUAGGUCAAGUGGUUAUUCAACAGGAAGAGGAAAUAUCAAAAUUGAAUGCAUUAUGUAGAACGCUGCAAAUGGAAUUAGAUAAAAACAUGGCCGUACAAAAAGCGCUGGUACAACAGCAACAAGAUUUGGAAUUAGAAAGUUUGGAAUUACAAGAUUUUAUGCAAGCGGAAAAAUUAACACUGCAAGACGCUUUGAAAGAAUCCGAAGCCGAAGUGAAACGACAAAAUCUAAUCAUACAAGCCAAGAAAAACGAAAUAAUGACUAAACAAGAAGAAAUUAACCGACUGACCAAACAAAACGAACAAAAAAGACAAGAAAAUGUAAGUUUACAAGCUAGACUAGGAGUAUUGGAAUCUAAAAGUAGAGAACUUUUAGUACAUCAGGGAAGCUCGGUGUCGGGUGCGGCUGUAGCCCUGUCAGCUCUAAUAGGAAGACUGGAUGGACUUGUUGAAGAACUGGUAGUAGCUUACAACAUUUCUGAUCAAGAACUAGAGGAUGUGAUUUUCCAUAAUGAAGCUUAUAAGAACAGCAGCAGUAGUCCAGAGUCAACUCCAGAAAAAUCGAAAAAAAUAUUUAUUGAUAAAUCACCUUCCCCUUCCAAGGGUUCAUCAUUUGUCUCAGCGGUUAUUAACGCGAUUAAAAGCGCAGCACAAUCGCCAUUUGCCUUAAGAGAUGUUAGCAAAGACACGUUAUCGACCGACCACUCCAGUUCGAACGAAAUGCUAGAUUCGGAAACUGAACCGUGUUUAAUGAUGGAACAUGUUCUUGAAGACGUGGUAAUUCCCGACGGACAUUCUCAUAAUUUAGUAUCGUCAGGUCAUGGAAGUAUGAUGAGCUCCCGUUUGACUCAAAGCGAAAGCCUCAAAGACAUAUCUCAAAACCUUUUGAGCAGGCAAAUGUCCGAACCCGCAAGUAUGAGUUUUUACGGCAGCCUCAAUACUUCAUAUACCAGCGAUUUGAUUUCUUUGAGCGAAUUUUUCCCUUCAAUCUCACUCGUUGAUCAAGUCAUCGAUGUCGAUAAUCUUGUUACAAGAUUGCUUAAAGUGAUUAGAAUUAUUCAAAUGGAGAAUGAAGACUAUAUGAACGAACUGCAAGAGCAAAGAGAUAAUCUUCUGGAACAGGUAGAUAAGCAAAAGGAAACGAAUAAAGUUGUAGUGAAGCAAUUAAAAGAUUGGGAAAUUCUUGGGGCGAGGCUAAAAACGGAAGUGAAGGAACUGAUGCAACAAAUGAGUAAAAAGAAUACAGAGAUGGACAAUUUGAAAGGAGAGUUGAAUAAGCAGAGGGAAGAAGUUGAGAAAUUGAAUCAAGACGUUUGUGAACUAUCAACAGCUUUAUCAAAAGCUGAAAUGCACAAUAAACUAAAGGAAGAGGAAGUUAGUAAAGAAAUUAAAAAAUGGGAGAAAACAGGUGAAGUUCCUGCUCCUGAAAUUUUAGGAAGGCUCAUCACUACUCAAAACGAGAUCCCUAUUCUCAAAGAACAGUUAAACGAAAAAGAAAAACGUUUAAAUGAAUUGACUCAGGAAUUUUUGGUUGGCAAACAAGUUUUAUCGGAAAGUUUAAAGGAAGCAGUUAACGAAUCUAAAAAACAAUACGACGCCAUCGAUAAUGCUUUAGAAGUAUUACAUAGUAUACAAACGGUAGUUCAACAAUGUGCACCUCUAUCGAAACUACAACGGGAUUUGGAGGAAUUGAAUUUCCAGAGCGCGUCGGCGGAUUUCAACGCCAAUGCUGCCCUUUUACAAGCCGUUGUCAACAUGGAAAUUACGCCUACAAUUAAUACAACUGCCUGAAGUGACUUUCGUCUCGAUCACAAUUUAAUUAACGAAUUUUUAAUUAGGUCAUAAUAAUAAGAUUAAAAACAACAAAAAAAAUCAAAAUACCAGAUAAAUGGCAUAUAUGAGUUUGCAAAUAUAUAGUAUGACAUAGUUGCCACGUUGUAAUUUUUUUUCCGGUCAUUAGAAUUAAUUACUGUUUUGGAUAAUAAUUUUCUUUCCACUGACAUCACUUACACGUCAGGUUUGGUUCAAUGGCCGUUAUAGGGUAUUUAACAAAUUUUGAAAAAGUAUUUAGAAUGAUAUUUAUGUACCUCUAAUUUGACAUACAAAUUAGAGGUAAUUGUAAUUUUUUAUAUCAUAUUUAAUAUCAAGAUUUUUUUAAAAAUAAUUUUCUGUAUAAACUUCUCCCUAAAACUCUCAUUAUCAAUAUGGCGAUGCAGUGACGUAAGUACAUAGUAAAAUUGUAAACAGUUACCGUUAUUAUUUCUGAUCAAGUAAAAAAUAUUUCAUUUGAAUUUUUAUUUCUAAUAAAUAAUGGAAAAACAAUGUUUAUUUUAAGAAUUUUCAAAACUGUCACUUUCAAAUAUCCUAUUUUCUCUACAAAUGUUAAAUUUGCAAACUUAACGUUAAAACUCUUUAGUAUUUUUUUGUUUGACUUUUUUUCUGUAAUUUGUGAAAGUGGCACACACUCUAGUAAAAACAACCCCUCAAAAAAAGGUUUUAUCAUUUGAAACAACCUCUUAUUACUUAACACAAUAUCUAUUUAUUAACGAGUGAUAACGGAUUUUAAUUCUUCAACCUCAUUUUGCUUCUACUCUUAACCAUUCAACCAUAAAUUAUAUUUUACAAAAACACUGUGGAACAAAGUCACACACACAAAGAAUAUGACAAAAAUUACUUUGUUGUCGAACAAACUAGUGUUAUAUAACACAUGAAUUAUUUUUGUAGUAAUAGUAAUCAGUUGGAUUUUGUGCCUGCUUCGGUGAAGCAGUUAAUUUUAAAGACAAACAGAAAGUUUAUCUAUGUGUUCCUUAGUUUGUUUCAAUUCAUCUUUGAAGAGUCUCCUUUACGGAAAAGACUACUCAGAGAUGUGAUAGCUACAUCAAGAAUAGAGGAUUUUACUGAUCCCAAGUGAAUAAAGUUUGUUGUUACUCUUAUUGCCAGGGUCACCGGGUACCCAUGCACCUUCCUACCUUUUUCUAGUUCUUUUAUCAAUAUUUACGUUUAUGUAAAUAUGUAAAUUCCAGUAUCAAUUAUUCGACCAAAAUGAGUGAACAAAUCACAUUCAACAAGUAUAAUAAUGUUAUAUAAAGGGUGUUUUCAGAAUUUUGACACACAAAUGAUUAAUUAAAGGAAUAUUUUAAACUUAAAGAAAAGAAAAAUUAAAAGAUAUAUAAAUAUGAGGUUGUAUUGCACUCCGGUAGGUUAACCAUUAUUACCGGUACCUUCCGGGUAAUUCAGGAAGGUUGGGUCCCUACCUAUAACUCAUAAAAUAUAUGGUUGUGGCUAGAAAAAUUCAGUUUUUAGUAUUUAGUACAUAUCUUUUUUAAUAUGCACACUUUAGACAGAAAAAACAUUAAUUCUUUCAAUUACUUUUUGUUUUUGGUGAUGUCUUUUAAAGAUUAAAAAUAUAUCAGUCAAUUUAUAUACUGAAUUGUAAUUAUUAGUAACCAGUAUUCAUAUUUUGUUAUACAACAUUCGCGUUGGGCGACAAAAAUUCAAUUCAUUCCAUACCGUUUAAAGUUUACGAUUAAAAAAGAUAUUUUUUUCGUAGCCGCUUAUUAAUCAUUUAGUUAAGACUGUUGGGAUAUAUUUGGCAAAAAUCAAAAGUUUUCUUUCUAAUUUUAGUAAUUAUUAAUAUAGAUGUUGAAAUUUGUUAUAUAGAUAUAGAUGUGUUGAAAAAAAAAUUAUUGUAGAUCCUAUUAUUGGACUUCCCCCGGUAAUAAAUUAAACAAAAAGGCUGAACGAUGCCAUUUCAGAGUGAGUCUUAUGAAUAUGGUUGAAAUCAAUGAUAAAAAGAAA